AUGCCUCAGAACGAGCACAUCGAGCUUUUCCAGAAGCGAUAUGGUCGCCGACUGGAUUACUAUGAGAAAAAGCGCAAGAAGGAGGCGCGCGAGCCCCACAAGCGCUCGGCGGUGGCCAAGAAGCUCAUCGGCCUCAAGGCGAAGCUGUACGCCAAGAAGAGGCACAGCGAGAAGAUCACGAUGAAGAAGACCAUCCAGCAGCACAGCGAGCGAACCAACAAGCACAAGGUGGAGGAGGAGGCUGCACCCGGCGCCAUCCCGGCGUACCUUCUGGACCGCGAGCAGACGUCGCGGGCUAAGGUGCUGUCCAACACCAUCAAGCAGAAACGGAAGGAGAAGGCGGGCAAGUGGGAGGUGCCUCUGCCCAAGGUGCGGCCCAUCGCGGAGGAUGAGAUGUUCAGGGUGAUGCGGUCCGGGAAGCGACAGAAGAAGAGCUGGAAACGGAUGAUCACCAAGGCCACGUUCGUGGGACCGGGAUUCACGCGCAAGCCCCCGAAGUACGAACGCUUCAUACGACCCUCCGGCCUUCGCUUCACCAAGGCGCACAUCACGCACCCCGAGCUCAAGUGCACGUUUCAACUGGACAUCCUGGGCGUCAAGAAGAACCCCAACGGUCCGAUGUACUCGUCCCUCGGCGUGCUGACGAAAGGUACGGUGAUCGAGGUGAACGUCUCGGAGCUCGGACUGGUCACGCCGGGCGGCAAGGUUGUGUGGGGCAAGUACGCGCAAAUCACAAACAACCCGGAGAACGACGGAUGUGUCAACGGAGUUCUCCUGGUGUAA